CCAACAGUCGACGAGCUUCCACAUCGUAUCGAAUAAGAUUGUUUUUCCAAGAAUUUCUAAGAAACGAAUUCUGCUAUUGGGUAAUGGAUGCAUUCCGAUAUUUCCAACAUUUGAACGCCGAUCGGAUGUUGCAAAGAGGAGAAAACGCGAACGAUUAAUUAUUAUCCAUACAGAAUUAUAUACCGUGUCAUAAUAUGCAAGCGCAGAAUUCAAAAAACGAUGAACGAGGUGAGCAGGAGGAAGAUGAGAAAGAGGCGGAAUUGAAAUAUAGCCCAUUUCGUUCAUCUCUUUUCGAAGCUAAAGAUGUAGAAUCAACAAUAUUGCUAUUACAAUCUAAGGAAAAAGCCACUUUAUUGGCAGUUAUAGAGGCUUUGUCAAAGUAUGCUAAUAAAUCGAAAGAUAACGUGAAGAUACUUUUCGAUCUCGGCAUCAUGAAUAAUAUUCUUCCUAUUAUUGAACACAAAGAUUUAUUUACUCGAAGAUUUGCUGCAAAAUUAUUGGUAGAAAUGAUGGCAAUGCCAGAUGUGACAACUUAUUUAAUUGAGUCUAAUUAUUUAUUACGUUUUGCGAAGUUAUUAACGAGUGAAGAAGAUAUCUUCAUGCAAGAAUAUUUUUCUACGAUACUUGCGAAAUUGUCUAAAAAUCCGUAUGCUACUGCUCUUCUGGCAAAUCAUUGUUUAAACAUGAACUUUCUUUUUGAUGGGAUACAAUCAUCAGAUCCAGAUGUGAAGAAGAAUAAUAUAGAGAUUCUAUAUAAUUUAAUACAGGAUCCUGUAGCCGCACGAACAAUUUUGAAAACUGAGGAUUAUCUAUUGCAAUUGAUAAAACAAUUUGUAGAACAAGUUCCUAUAGAAACUUGUAUUAUUUUUCUUGAAGCUCUGCUUGCUAUAGCAUGUUGUCCAAAGUUUAGAGAUACCUUGAUUAAUCUUGACACUUUUGACACAAUAUUCUUACUUUUAGAGUCGAUUUAUCCAUUUCUUGAUGAAUUAAAAAUCUCUUGUUGCAAUCUACUUUCUGUGUUAUGCUUAGAAAAGAAUGGUCGACAUUAUUUUAUAAAAGCAAAUGGACCUCAAAAAUUUUAUUCUCUCAUUACUGAUAUGCAUUCCAUCUCAAUAAGAAACUCUGCGGUACAGCUUGUACAGACCAUUUCCACAGAUUUAAUUGUAGCAAAUGCAUUUGUUGAAAACAAGUACCUUUCAUACAUGUUAAAUAAUCCUUUAUCUUCGAGAGUGAUACCUUCAUGGGACACUUGCAUAGAGACGCUUUUUAAAUCGCAUUUACCGAUUAAAUUUGCUCUUACGGGACGCCUCUCUCUACAAGAUCUUACUCAGGAUGGAUUUUAUGUUUUACGAAGGAAUAUAUGUCCAUUUCCAGUAUUGGAUGAUAUCUUUCGAUUUAAAUAUUGUCCAUUGGAGCCUAUUUAUGUAGUAAAUUGUGUACAAUCGUCGACUUUAUCGAAUGCUUUACAGGCAGCUUUCAAAGAAAAUAUAAAUGUAUUGUCCGAAUCAAAAUUUGGGCGAUUACAAUACGAUCCAUAUUUUACUGAAUACGUGGAACUCUUUAAAUGUAUGAUUUUAGCAACGGAAUCAAAAAGAGAUGUAAAUGCAUCAGAUAAGUUGACGAAUAUCCGGUACGUUCCUUUGCGCGCAAGAAUGUUAGCUCAAUUUGUGGCACGUCAAAUGUCCGGUUUCGAUUCGACGAGUAAAUGUAUCGAUCAUCAGCUUGAAGUUCACUUGAGGGAAAUCAAAGAAUGCUUAGAAAUGAGCGUGAUCCCGAUCGGGCAACUUCGCGUAGGCUCUUAUCUCGAACGAGCUUUGCUCUUCAAGGCAAUAGCUGAUAGAAUAUGUCUUCCAGCGGCUCUUGUACGCGGGGAAUACGGUAUAUCGUGGAUCGAAAUAGCAGUACCUCAAAUGGAAGAUUCGAAUGAAGAGAAAUUAUUUAGCGCUUAUUUAGAUGAAAACGAUGCAUGUCGUGAAGAAAUAGUUACGUCUGUUUCUCCCAGAUUGUUAGAUAAAUCAAAUGUCUCUUUACAUCAUAAUGAACAUAAGAUUGAAAAAAUAUCUUCUUCAAAAGAUUAUCGAUCAACCUUUUAUCCAACCAAACUUAUAAAAACGAAUUUUAUCGUUGAUUUGAUGGAUAUACCGGGAGACUUGAUACCGAUCGGGAGUCUUCGCUCAAAAUUAUAUUGCAGUAAAAAGAUGAUCUACAAUAAAAUAUGUUGUCAUUGAAGAUUGAUUUGUAUUAUUACAAGAAAAGUUCUAUACAAAUAGUUUUACUAUUUUAAUAAUACAUUUUUUUUCUUUGUUCUUAAAUAUAUAUGUAUAUAUUAUUAUUUCUUUUACAAAUAUGUCUAUAUAUAUGUGUGUACAUACAUAUUUUAUAUAAUAUUUUAUAAACGAAUUCAAAUAUUUGGAGAUUCUCUUUAUGUAAACAAAAAUAACGUGCAGCACGUAAUAAUCAAGUCAUAAAAUAUAUAAAAAGUCUUAUAGCAAAGAAAUAAUAUAAUCUCUUUACAAA